AUGAUUGUAAACGUAGCACUAUCGUCCUCCUCCAUCAAUUCUCCGGCAACUUUUCCGAUUAACCGGAGGUUGAAUGUCGCCGGACUUCUGAACCCUUUUCUUCUCCACUACCGGAAAAUUAACGGGUCCAUGUUUCCUUCUUUUCUUUGCCGGAAAAUUACAGGUGGUGGGAGAAUCGUAGCUGCGGCGGACAUGGAUAAAGCAGAGAAAAAGACGGGUCCGGUGAGAAUAGUUGGGAUUGUUGGAGAGGGUAGUGUUAGCCCUCUCAAGUCUACUCCUUGGCUUGACGUCAUGCUUCACACUGCAGAGAGACUGAAAUGGGUUGAUGAAGAAUUUGAAAUGAUUGUCUUUUCUGAAGAUGAAAGUGUCAACCACAUCAGCAAUGAGCUGGAUCGUGCUGACAUUUUGGUGGUCGUUGCUGUCAGAAAGGAAGGAUCAGUCAACUGGAUACAGUCUAACAGCCAGAAUGUCCCAAACAUCAUAUGCUUUGAUUCCUCUUUGGCACUGAGAAACAAGCUAGGUGGAAGUUUUGUUGAAACUAAAAAGAGGGGAGACAUAUUUAGCAGUUUACUUCCAUUCUCUCAAUCUAAGAAACUGGAUGAAUCUGUGGAGAUAACCCGAACAGUGUUUGACGCUUGGGAAAGGCAUAAUUCUGAUGACAUACGGUUCUGCUUAUUAGUUAUAAUUAAUGCUUAUAUAACACCGGUUUCAACGCUGAAGAACCUUAGAGCAAAAGGAUUCUCCACCUUGAACUGCAUGGUGACAAAUUGCGGGUCUCAGAUAUUGAACUGUCUACUGGAUCCUAACUGUCGGAAGGCACUUCAAUGCUUGAACAACUGCAGCCCUGUAGAUCAGGUAUGCAAUUAUCGCUGUAUUGCUUCAUAUGAGAGCAAAUACCUGGAAGAGUUCUCUCUCUGUGUACUACAGAAGAAUAAUUGUCUUGAACUUGAUGCAAAGAUCCCUGAAAAGCCUUAUGUGACUCCAAUGGCAGAGUUUCGAGGGGAGAAAUUGUCUACUGAAAUUGCUGAAGACCUCUUUGUUGGUUGGUUAGGGACAUUGGAAUGGAGUUGGCGCGUUGUAGCAGGGCAGAAUCCAGCUUAUGAUCAAUUUCCAUGCCAGUACCAAUUAUUCUAUCGGGGAAAAGCAAGAGGAUCAUUCUGGUAUGAACCAGUUUUCCAGGUAAAAACACUUGAAGGAGACCUAGUCUGGAGAAGGCGCAAGUAUAGAGUGAAAAGAGGAAAAGCUACAGGAACAUUUCACUUCAGUGUAUUGGAUAAUGGAGUCGUUUCUAACGAGUUCUGGACAAUUGUGGAUGUUUCUGAUGAUUUGAGCUGGGGUCUGUUCCACUAUCAUGGAGCUGCACGAGUGGCGGGGCAGUCAUAUACUGGGGCAGUUCUUGUCAGCCCAGAUGGACAAUAUCCAGCUGAGAAGGAAAAACAAAGGUUGAUAUCUGCAUUGGAUAGAUGCGGUAUCAAAGAGUGGGAGUUAUUCAAUGUUGAUAACUGUUCAUGUGAAAAUGCACCAUUGGGGAUUCCAGAUGGCUCAAGUCUGCAUUCUAAAAUUCAAGUCAAUGAGCAGACACAUUCUUCAGUCUAG